AUGACCUCAAAUAUCGCCGAGUUGCUCUACUCAAUGUUGCAAGACGAAAGAGAGUAUCCAGUGGCGGUCAUUUUCAAUUCAAUUGCACAUAGAUUUGGAGAAAUAUUUAGGAAGAGGUAUGAGGAGGUGAACAAUUCAAAGACAACCUUCGUUCCCAUAGCCGAGACGAUCUUGAGGAAAAACAUGACUGAGGGGAACAAAUUAUAUGUGAACAACAUAAAUAGAAGCACCGACGAAUUCACCAUGCUUGGCUAUGGUCGUUCCGCAAAAGUUAAUCUUUUGAGACAGUCAUGUUCUUGCAAAAAGUACGACUUGGUGAAAUUAUCAUGCGCUCAUGCAAUGGCAGUGUUGCUACCACGUGAGUCGAAGUGGAGUGUGGCGCGAGAGUAUCUUGAAAUGCAAGUUCUUCCACCCGGCUUCAAUCCUAAACUCGAACGGAGAAAGGUGAAACGUGUUAAGGGUGUGUUGGAGCCUUUGAGGUACAAGAAAAGAAACAAGUUCUCCAAGUGCAAAAGGCCGGGAAAUAAGAGAACAACAUGCAACCUUAACGUAGGAUAA